GUUUUUCGAGACAGCCGGCAACACUGCAGUCGUGAGUCACUGAUGAAUAAAGAUUAUGUUUACGUAUUACGGCACUUCGACAGAAGAAAUCAACUCUUUCUCGAUCGAAGAACAAAUCUACGGUUAUAAUUUUUCAAAAUGCUACGUCAAAAGUUAAGUGAGAAAUAUUCGGACUAUCCACACGGCACCCCAAAAACUCAUAACCUCAAAGAAGAGACACCAGUAGUGAGUGAAAGAAAAAUUGCUGCUUGCGGAUUAAUUAUUUCCUGUUUGGUGAUUUCAUAUAAAAUUUUCAUAAUUUACGGUAGUACUAUCGAAAAUAUUUUUUUGGAACAAAAACUAGUAACUUACAAUGUGAUUACAAAAGAUGGAAAUGAAAUGCUAAUGUACUCUUGGAAAACUGCUGUACGAUACAGUAAUCUUUGGUUACCUGCAUUAUGUGGGUUUUUGAGCAGCUAUUUCACUUGGAUCAUGGUAUAUUUGGACUCAAACAUUCCUGGUGUGCAGCCUCCAAGUCCACUCUCACCUAAUAAAUACAGGGUUCAAUCUGGACAUACAUUCCACCUGAAUUAUGUAUUUGCUAUAAUAGUAGGAGUUCUUGUUUUUUCAUAUAUGUACCUGAGAGGAAUUUCAUUGCAGUAUUGAAAAAUUAGCAAUCUGAAAUCAAAUAUUGUUGGGCAGUUAUGGCAUUUACGGUGUAGGAAAAUUGAAAAGUAUUUAUGGUUAAAUUAAAAACCAUCAAGAUACCUUUCACCAUUAGUUUAAUUUUCUAUUUGUGAACCAUGGGUUUCUAUGAGAAAGGAAAAUAUUGCUGUAUUAAUUUUCAUAACAAUCAUGUGGUAGAAGUUGU